UGGAAGAACAGACGAGGCUGUGAGAACAUCCUAAUGGCUACUGGUUUGACAGACCCCAAGAUGCAGGAAGCUGAAGGGCCCACUGAAGAUGGUUCAGGAAAGAAGAGGCUAAAGUUCAAAUCACUCAAGAAGCUGUUUGUCAAAAAGAAAAAAAAGGAAAUGAUAACCCACCCAACAAAGAGCAACCUGAAGCAAAGUCAAUCGACGAGUGACGUCACCAGUCCAGAAUCCCGGACUCCAGAUCCCGACUCUGAGGACGAGCAAAGUGCUCAUAGAAGUGUCAUGGGAACUCGAGCACUGUCACACGAUAGCAUCUUCAUCCCAGACACAUCUGGGCAACAACCUGUUCAGCCCGUGCGAGUGUUUUCUCAGGAGAGUGUAUCUGCACCUAUCAGAGCUUUACAGUUAAAAGUACAACAAAAUAUUAAACUGGGACCACCGCCAAUGUCAAUACCAGCAAAGAGGAUGGAGGAUACUGGUGCUAGUUCUGAAGAUGAUGGAUUGCCCAGGAGCCCUCCGGAAAGCUCCCCUAUCCAUGAAGCUUUAGCACGUAGCCAAUUAGCCAAGUACUCUGACCAUUACAAGAAUCAUAGCUCUUUGACUUUAGGUGGGACAGGCAGCGAAGAAGAAGAGCAGAUUUCUCCAGGAUCUUCCUCCAGGCCCAACAGUCCCCUCUCUGCAGUCAUUCAGACAAGGUCAACGGCGAGGUCACGAAGUCCCACAUCACCGCUGGUUCAUAUCUCUUCCGACAGCCCUGCUUCAUCUGUUGUUGAUUUUAACUCUCCACCUGUGUUAUCCAUCUGCUUGGAUAAUUCAGCAGCGAGACACAGACUCUCAGUGAAACCACGGAACCAGCGGUCCCACACCAAACGGAGGUCCUCUUCACGGUUACUUGCUGAUGGACUGAGUGAGUCGAUGUACAAUGUGCCUGAGCUAAAGGAGGAAAAUGAACAAGAUAUCGUCAAGAACAAUGCAGAAUUUGCCAACUCUGAAAUGAAUUUGGAACAACAAGCAGAAUAUCCAACAACGGUUCUCCCUCAGGGACAAUCUCUGGCACAGACUGAGCCUUCUGUAGUAAUGUCAGAAGCUGUGAACACUAUAGAACAAAGAUCUGACGAGCUUCCCCUUGUGGAUGUCACUGGUCAGCAAGGCACUGCUGCACCACAUAGUAUAUUGGAUGACACUGAACGUCUAACAAUGUGCCCUGUACCUGUGGUUCCAUCAGAAAUUGCAGGAGAUGUCACACCAAUGGAGUUGGAUACACUGGGAGUGAGUGCUGCCCAUAUUUCUGUGUUACCAGGCACCAGGCAGAUGGGAUCUACAGUUGUAAUUUCUGAUGAUUCCACUUCACUUGAUAUCAUUGAUCCAUUAACGCAAGAGAAAAAUGUAAAUCUUUGGGAAGCUGCUGUGAAUUCCACAGCAAUUGACACGCAUGCAAUUCCUGUCAAUACAUCCUUAGGCGAAGAGACUGCAUGUCCAACACAGACUCUGAUUCACACAGACAUAUUAUUGAUAGACUAUGACAAACCGUCUUCAAGUGCCCCUGAGGGAACAGAAAACAGUGAAGGAGAAUCUCUGCAAGAAGAUCCAUGUGCGUACUGUAAAGAAGCAAAAAUGGAACUAACAUCAGAGGAGCUUUUUGCUUGUUCAAACAAGCAAGUGGCAAAAGAACUCCCAAAUCAUGAAGACGCCAUUGAUAAAGUGCCUGAAAACUUCAGCAGUAUUGCAUUGACUCAGAUGUCUGACAUGUAUUCCCAAUCUGCUGAUUCUUCUGAAACAUCGAAGGAAUCAUCUGUUUCAGAAACUGCUGAUGGUAACAGCUUGGAAAAUAGGGAUAUUGCAGUAUUUAAGAAAGCCAACAUUAAAAUAUCAGAAGAAAAAACAAUAAGCCAACAGGGUUCAUUUAAGAAAAAUAACCAGGGCUCCUUUAAGUUCAAAAUUUCCUCAGCUUGGAAUUGGUCCAGGCACAACGGUAUGAAACAGAAUGGUGAUCCAGCUGCAGAUCCAGAUGUUUCAUAUAAAACAGCCCCCCAGAAACCCAGCUCGUUACCUGGAAAAGAGAAUAAGGAUGAAGGAAUGUCCCUCCCUGAACCUUCUGCAACUAAAAUUGAUGCACGUGGACGGGAGAAGACUGAUGAGGAUGAAGAGGGAAGAGGUGCAUUUGGUGUUAAACUUCGCAGUACUACUUAUUGCUUAAAAUACAAAGAUGUUUCUCACACUGAGCACAAAGAGACAGCCAAAUUUCACAAUGCUGAGGCCUCUUUGGAUUCGAGUGGGUGUCCAUCACAACCUACUACUGACAAGACAGAAGUCAAAAAGCCACCAGGAGGAUCAAUCGAUGAUGAGAAACUGAAAACUAGAUCUUCAGAGAAUCUUGCUGCAAGGCCACCCUUACCGAAAAACCUGUUCCGCAAAACUUAAACAC